AACCGUUUAGCAUACAUUAUUAAUUGCUAUCUGAGCGUCUGUGUGCUUCUGUAGAGUGUGCUGACGGCUGAGGGGGGCUCGCGGGGGGUCCACGGCUGAACAAACCAGCACGGGACCAUUGGAGCCCUAUCCAAGAAUGUCAACGGGGUUACUCCGUCAAUGCAGUCACUGGUAGGAAUGUCUGGCUUUUUGUUUCCAGUCUGUUGGCUCAGUGCUUCAUAUCUGCGCGCCGGUGCCUUGGAGACAGCCUUGUUACGCUGUACCGAGCUCAGCGAUUUCCCCGGACCCUGUGUAACGCGCUCAGUUGAACCAACACAUAUCAGAGAGCGAUUCACCGAGAGCGAGUGCACAUCGUAAUUCCCCGUCUCCCCAGAAUGGAUCGAACAUCGUAGCCGACGACAAGACACACUGAGACCUUCGCAGUUGAGUUGUUCUUCCUUAACUGCGUACUUUUGCGGGGUUGAGGAGAACGUCCGGUCACUCCGUGGAGAUUACUUUAGUGUUUAUUUCUCGUCUUCACGUAAGCUUGGUUGAAACCUGCCGCUUCACCAUGGCAGGAGCAGGGAGGUAUCCUGUUCUGCUGUUGCAAUGUUUUAUCUCGACUGCGCUCUGCAACACGUUCACCGCGUUCACCGAGGAGCCAAUGGACCGAGCUGGCAAGUCGGACGGGUACUGCAGCAGGAUAAUACGGGCUCAGGGUACUCGGAAAGAAGGCUAUAACGAGUUCAGACUCCGCGUGGAAGGGGAUCCGGAGACCUAUCAGCCUGGUAGCACCUACAGAGUGACUCUGUAUGCCAGCAGCCCGUCUUACUUCCGAGGGUUCACCCUGAUCUCUCUGAAGGAGGGCCGGGAGGGAGACCAAGACCAGGACUACGCUGGGAACUUCCAGCUAGUGUCCCCCACCCAGCUAGUGUCCCCCACCCCGCUAGUGUCCCCCACCCAGCUAGUGUCCCCCACCCAGCUAGUGUCCCCCACCCAGCUAGUGUCCCCCACCCAGCUAGUGUCCCCCACCCAGCUAGUGUCCCCCAUGCUCCAGGAAGCCAUGGAAACCCUGGGAGGGGGUUGUAAUCCCUGGCAAGGAUGGGGAUGGGAAGCAUGCCCAGUCCUCCAUGACACUGAGGCGUCAGAGAAGAGGGAGAUCGAGCAGUAA